AUGGAGGUGGCGGACCUCGACGGACGCGCGUCGUCGCAGUUAACAAUAAGAACAGCACAAUUGACUGUAACGUCUUCAUCACUUUUGGUAAUAAACGGUCGUCAUCGUAGUAAUAGUCUGGACAAGGAGCACUCGUGGCGUCCGGCAAGCGGUUUUGCAUCCAAACACCAGGCCGAGGUGAAGACCAAGUGUCUUCGCCGAGAGCGGCAAAUGCAACGGGCUCGAAAGAUACAACAGAUGCAUGAGGAUAAGAGAAAACAAGAGGACGAGAUGGUUAAGGGGCCAAAGCCUAACGACCACGUAGUGUUAAAGGAAGGCGAGUGGCGGACUGUAAUUUCUCAUGGCCGACGGACACGUCCUGAUCAGAUGUUGCAUGGCUCGGAUUCAUCAGCGCUGGAUCGUAAUCGGUCCUUGGAUAGUCCGUCCAUGUCAGUUGUAAUGAGUGCUGGACGUUCUUUAAGUCAAGAUGAAAUAGAGGCUGCCGCUGUGGCGAGGAGGAAGAAGAGGCAGCAAAUGAAAAGACGGCCGAAAACACCUGUAAAGCGGGUGGAAAAUGAGAUGGAGACUCACGUCAAUGGAGUGCCACAUCCGUCGCUAUUAGGAGAAGUGAUGUUUGCACGACGUAGCAGCUUGCAGCGACUGGCGGACAACCUUUAUGUGAAUAGCGCAGUUACAGUGCGUAAUGGAAGACACUCGAACGGCAAUGUACGGCGUCAUAACCCCACAAUUGUGGCUCGCUCGUCUGAUCACGGCAUGAGGAAAACAAAGAGUACAUCGUCCGUGAUAGUACAUCAUGGCGGCACAAAAACGUAUUAUCACAACGAAAGCGCCGACUCGAGUCCUCGUGGACAUCAUGCAGGAUAUCGAAAAAACCGACGGUCUUCCUUCCAGUUAGACUCACCUCGUUCACCUCGCUCUGGAUCCGACUCUCAUGGUUCUCCUCGCACGAGGAAAUGUGGCGAUAAACGCGACUUUUUCUUCCGGAAUUUGGAUUACGAACUCCGGAAUCAAUUGCAAGUAGAUGAGGUUGCAGAAUUUAGUGUCACUGAUUUCGAAAUGGCCACGAAGAUUUCUCAAGCUGUGCUGGAUCUCUUUGCUCGUCUGAAAGAGGACACAACGUCGGAGAGUGGAAACGAAGAUCACGAGGAUGGUCGUACUGCCAUCCAGGAGCGCAGGAAAUAUCCACUUGUGGUGACAGAUGGCACUGCGUGCAUUGGAGGCAAUGUGCUGUCAUUCUGUGACUUUUUCAUGCACGUUAACGCUAUCGAAAACAAUGCGACGCGCGUGCAGAUGCUGCGACACAAUCUACAGGUUCUUAAAAAGACGAAUGUAAAGUGCAUUCACGCCAACUAUCUCGACGUGAUGCUGGAGUUACAGCAGGACGUGGUGUUCCUGGAUCCACCAUGGGGUGGACCAGAGUACAAGGAUCUGAAUAAAGUGGACCUCUUUCUUGGUGAUGUACCAUUACAUGAGAUCUGCACACGAUUGCAAUCAAGCACCAAAUGCAUCAUCUUGAAAGUUCCAAGUAAUUUUGAUGAUGCCAAGUUUUCUCAACAAGUCCCUGGCAAUGUCAUUAUCCGGCGUGAUUUAAAAAAGAUGCACAUUGUACUCCUUGAUUUUCGUGGACCUACUUAA